AUGGAGACUAGACUGGAUAAGGAUGGUUUUAAGGAUCUUUAUAGUAAUUUGCCGUUACAAAAUAAAAUUAUUGUCAAGCAUCCUAAUGCUGGUGGAGGUUUAGCCUUUUUGUGGAAGAAUACUAUUAAUUUGGAGGUUAUUAAUUAUACUGCAAACCAUGUCUUAGCAGUAGUAACAGAGGAAGAAGGGUUUAGGUGGUUCCUGACUUGUUUUUACGGGUGGCCGGAGGCUCAGCAGAAAGAGAAAUCGUGGAGAUUAUUAGAAUAUUUGAGGACUUUUGUGGAAGGACCGUGGAUGGUUAUAGGGGAUUUUAAUGUUUUUUUACAUGCUUCAGAGAAAAAAAGCAGAAUGCUGCCACAAACUUCACAGGUUAAUGCUUUUAAGGAAGCUUUGGAGUCUUGUCAUCUUCAAGAUCUUGGGUUUAAGGGUUAUCCUUUUACUUGGAACAAUAAGAGACCAGGGGCAGCAAAUACAAAAAUUAGACAGAGAAGGGAGAAAAGCUUUAAGUUUGAGGAGUCUUGGCUGCUACUGGAUGAUUGUGAGGAGACGGUGAAGGAGGCUUGGGGUAGAGAUCUUUCUGAUACACAUGGCCUUGAAUUUAUUAAGCAAAAGAUUCAAACGUGUGGAGCAGAAUUGUUGAGGUGGGGUUUGGCCAAGACUAAUCCGGAUGCUGAAGCAAUUAAAGUAACUCAAAAACGGAUGGACCGGUUGAAUGAAGCAGAAGUCUUUGAUGCUAGUAAGGCCGAGUACUUGGAGUUGAGCAAAAAGAUGGAUGAGCUUCUUCAGAAACAAGAAAUUCAUUGGGCCCAGAGGUCUAGAGUUUCCUGGUUGAAACAUGGUUCUGGUGAUCAAAUGGAGGAGUGCUUGGAUGCUGUUCCAAGUAGGGUGACUGAAGAUAUGUUGAUGAUCUUAUCUAGUGAAUUUACUGCUGAAGAAGUAAAAGUGGCCUUAUUCCAAAUGGGACCUACCAAGGUGCCUGGACCUGAUAGUAUGAAUGCCCUUUUCUAUCAAAAUUUUUGGCACACAGUGGGUGAUGAUGUGGUUUCUGCUGUGUUAGAUUUUUUAAAUAAUGGUAAUAUGUUACCUGAAGUCAAUCACACAAAUAUUGUUCUUAUUCGUAAAGUGAAAGAUCCAAAGAAAAUGUCUGAUUUUAGGCCAAUCAGUUUAUGUAAUACUGAAGGGGAGGCUAUCAUGGAGAUUCUCCAGACCUAUGCAAAUGCUUCAAGAGUUCAGAGGCAACAGUUGUUGCAGAUUUUGGGUGUCAAGGAAGUAUUGAAGUUUGACUCUUACCUAGGCCUGCCAACCUUGAUUGGUAGGGCUAAGUACCAUACCUUCUCUUAUGUCAAGGAUAGAGUGUGGAAGAAGCUACAGGGUUGGAAGGGAAUGAUGUUAUCUAGAGCUGGGAAAGAAGUCCUUAUCAAGGUUGUUGCUCAAUCCAUACCGACAUACACCAUGAGUGUUUUCCAACUUCCUAUGAAAUUAUGUGAUGAACUGGAUAAUUUAUGUGCCAAAUUCUGGUGGGGUCAAGUAGGUAAUGAAAGGAAGAUUCAUUGGAGGAGUUGGGAUAAGCUUUCUACAUCAAAGCGAGAGGGUGGUAUGGGUUUUCGAGACUUAAGGGAUUUCAAUUUAGCUAUGUUGGCUAAACAGGGCUGGAGAAUGCUUCAAGACCAUGAUUCCUUAUUAUCAAAGUGCUUCAAAGCAAGGGUUGGUACUGGGUCUUCAAUUAGUGUUGUGGGUGAUAAAUGGAUCCCUAACUACCCUACCAACAAAGUUCUUCACCCUAUUCAUGAGCUGGUUGAUGAGCUGGCUGUUUCAGAAUUAAUUGAUCCGGAGCUGCAUGUCUGGAGAGGUGAUCUGAUCACGAAUCUGUUCCAUAGAGACGAUGCUGCUGCUAUUACAAAGAUUCCGCUUAAUAGAAGGGUUGUGUCAGAUUCAAUCAUUUGGUUGCAUAAUAAAAAUGGGAUGUUCUCGGUCAAGUCUGCCUACAAGGUUGCACGAAGAAUGAGAGGUGAAGGGUCUCGGGUUGAAUCUUCAGGGGGAUGUGUUGGGAAACUGGUCUGGCCGAUUUUGUGGAAGCUUUGUGUUCCAAACAAAAUAAAAAUAUUCGGGUGGUGGGCAUGUAAUGACAUCUUACCAACAAAGUGUAAUUUGGUGAAGAGGAAAAUUAUUAAUGAUGACAAGUGCCAUAUUUGCUCUAGGGAAGUGGAGUCCGUAACCUAUGCUUUAUGGGGUUGUGCAGCGGUGCAGGAUGUGUGGGCUGGGAGUAUUUUGAAGCUGCAAAAGGGUGUCUCGGCCUUCAGUGAUUUCAUGCAGCUCAUGGAGCAUUUGCUGGUUUGGAAUCAGCGCAAUUGUGUCUUGUAUGGAGGUCAGUUGAAGCAUCCGACCAGUCUUAAUAAACGGGCAGCGGAGUUCCUAGAGGAAUUUAAACACGCACAAGUGUCUCUGGAUAACAGUAUGAGGGAGCAAGCAAUGGGUGAUAUAUGGCAGCCGCCUUCGUCUAUGGAAUAUAAGUUAAACUUUGAUGUUGCAAUUUUUUUCUGGGCUGGAGAAAUCCGGUAUAGGCGCUAUCAUCAGGAAUGA